AUUUCGUUUUUUGGGACAUGUGGAUUUUAUGGUCAGUGUGUAACUCAGAUGACAUCACUCUCCACACAGAGCGUCAUAUAGAAAGCGGUAUGCAAAGGGCACAAAUUAACUGAACUUUUAAAAACUGAUAAAAAAAAGUUAAAAAAGGUAGAGUUAGAGUACGCUAAAAACCAUAAAACCUUGGCCAACUGAAAACUGACACACACGAAAGGUUUAAACCACAAUAUCUGAUUAUUAAGUGUCUUCAGGUGCAGGUACAGCACCACAAAAUAUCUUUUAACUUUCUGCAACCCGCACCCCCGUUUUUUGGGGUCCCUAACGCCGGGUUCAAAAACUGCUUUUCAGCUAUGGAUGUGGACAAGCGUCCCCCUCAUAUCCUAAUGUCUCCAAUACUACCUGCUUUAAACUGUGCCUUAAACUGUCUCCAUCUCUCAGCUGGCGACCAUGUCAUUUUUAUUGUGGGUGCCCUGCUUUUUUUGUGCUAUAGGACAGGGCGAUUUGGCCCAAAAAAUGAUCACGAUAUAUUUUGUCAUAUCGUCUGAUCUCGGUUAUUAUCCCGAUUUUUUUUGGUAUUUUUUAAAACUUUUUUUAAACUCUGUUUUAAUGCAUCUCUACUGAAAACUAAAGAAACUAGAAAUUAGUUCAACAUUUUAAUAACAUACAAAGUCAAUAAAAAAAUUAAAAAAGAUAAACAUUGAAAAAUAUAAAAACCAUUUUUACUCAACAGUACAACAAAUAUAGAUAAAUAUUUAAUAGUUCAGGAAACUAGUUUACAGUCUAGGGGUGUCCUGAAAUGAUAUUGAUAUCGGAUAUCGGUCCGAUAUCAGCAAAAAAACAAACAUCAGAUUAUACCCUGCAUCGAAAAUCUCCGAUAUUAGCACUCUGAUACAAGCAGUCUAUUCCAGACUCCGCUCCAGCACCUCUAUCUAGCAGCACCCUGAUCCAGCAAGCUGAGCACACAAAAUCACAACAACAGUGUGUACUAAGGUACAAACAAAAAAUCAAGGAGUAGGAGUGAUGUCGGCUCUGUGGCGGUAUUUUUUGUUAAAGUCCAAAUAGACAUUGCAGCUGAGUGAAAACUGGUCAUGCACAAUUCUGUGCCAAUAUCUGAUCAAUAAUGGUAUCGGUCAAUAUUGAAGGCUACAAUAUUGGUAUUGUAUCAGAGGUCAAAAAGUUGUAUUGGGACACCCCUAUUACAGUCCUGAGUGUUUUUGCAGGUAUGCAAGACCCAAAAUAAACAAAUUACCCCCUCAGUGAUGAUGAAGACGCUUUAAAACGUAAACAUUAGAUGAUGUAAACGUAGAUGAUACGAUUGAUUGCUGCUCUGUUGUGUCGGUUGGUUGUGGCUGAACUGCUAAUGCUACUUGUUCCAGUGGCAGGCUGUGCAGACCCCGCUCGCAUUUUCAUGUUUUCCACAUAAUCACUCGGGAAGAACUUCUUCAAAUGGUUACACCGAUCUGUUGUGAGGGCACAAAUUGCCGACAUACCUCGGCAUAAUUGUUCCACAUCACGUCGGAGAUACCCGAACCACUGCCACUCAACCAAUGUUGAGUAACUUUUCUUCUCUACAAUGGAAUCUUCAGAGGAUGACUCAAAGUCACGGCUGACAUCUAUUUUGCUGCCCUCAGCGCCAUGUUCUGUUAUUCUGUGUACUUCUCCGGCAACUUAAAGAAGUGAGCAGGAAAAACUUGACUCUGAUUGGCUGUUGUCACACACAUUUCCGCCAUGUUUGAUUGAGUAAAUAUGCCCACAGUUGAGCACCGUGAUUGAACUGAGAUUUAUCGAGAUCAUUAAUUACGAUCAAAUAAAUGCCCUGUCCUAACUCAUUUUAUAUUUCUAAUUCUACAAACUCUCCUCUUUUAUGACACUGUGCAGCACUUUGCUAAAUGUCGCUGUUUUCUAUAAUGUGCUGUACAAAUAAAGUAGACUGGAUAGGACUGGAUUGUUUUCCUUCAGCUGUCAGCAAGAAGCGGUAAAACUUUCAGAAUUUAAAUCCAUUCUCUAUAACUGCACAAGGGUUGGACUAUCAUCAGACUGAUAACAGAUGGAGCCACAGUUUCACACUUAGCCCACAACUUCAACAACUUUCUUUUUCAAGAUAAACACAUCUUUUGUUUUUGUUUUUUUCAGCAUCUCAAUAAUAAAGAGGUGAUAAGAUAUAGUUUUAAACACAUACGAGAUAAGCGGUCAUUAAAAUGUUUCUAAAGACAGAAGAAGGUCGAGUUUGGAAAUUUGGAAGAAACACAAAAUAACUGAUGGAAAGUAGAGGGGAAAGCUCCCCAAUAUGAGCAAUGUGAUUUGCAUGUCCUGUGCUGUAGGUGUGUGUAUAUGUUAACUGGUGGCAAACAUGACUGAUGGUUCCUUUUUCAGUUUUAAAGAUUGCACCAAGGAGGAAAGCAGAUGUCACCAUCACCAAGACGUUUUUCAUCGAAACUUUCAAGUCUGCUCUCAUCUUACUAUCUUACACAAUUUUAGUUUAACACAUGGAAGCAUACAUAUCAUGUCUCCUGAAAGUGAAAUCAUUCACAGAAACUUUUUUUGAGCUUUUCAACAAUGAAAGUAAGAGAAAGUAGGAGGACAGGAAAGGAAAGGUACCUGCUGGAACUUUUUAACUAAACUGUCAUCGACUGGUUGAAUCCACCUUGUAGGUGUUUAUUAGUCGUUUUCCACCAACAAAUCAAACACGAGGUUUAACCUUCAGCCAGUAAGAGACUGUGUGGGUGUCGGCUCGACAAUUCCUUAAUAGAGUUCCUUGGUUUAAAAGUGUAAAGUAAAGUAAUCAUCUGAAUACUCAGUGGCUGUGAUCUUUGGGCCUUCAGACAGCACUAGAUUAAAAAAUAAGAAAAUAAAACAACUCUGAAGUGGAAGUCCCUGGAAGAAAUCACCUCCAGAGACCAUCACUGUACCCAUAGACAAAACCGUAUAACACCAUGCUCGGGAAAUGCCAUAAAACUGAAAAUACGACAAAAGAGAACCCAUCAUAUGCCAAGCUAAUUAAUUUGCAAACCAUCAGAUUCUGUUUUUAUCAACAUAUCACUGAGUGGACACAGACACAUAUACCUGAAUAUCCACACUCAAGCAUCAUGUUCACUCCUCUGUGAUGGUACAGUCAAGCCUCUGCGUGCACAGUGGUCAGCGAGCUCUGAUGAAGAGGUGCACCAGCGUGAUAUCACACACGCUCUUUGUUGAUUUUUCACAAAAGUCAAGCUGUCAAGUUUUUGUUUGCAACAAGCAAACACAAAAAAAGCAGCACGGCAUGUUUCAUUUCAUGUGACUGACAUGUAUAUUAUUGCAUCAGAUUCACAAGAAUGAAACUAAACACAACAAAAGCACAACACUCCAGGCAAACGUCAUUCACGCUGUAAUGGAUUGAAAUUAAAGGUAUUGUAAUGUUAGAAAUAAAGGCUUAUGGCAGCUGCAUCUUCAACUCUCUAAAGUUUGUGCUUCGCGGGAACAUGAAAGAAAAUUGCAACAGGAUUUCACACAGCAUGAUGAUAUGUUCAAGCAGGAAGUUUGCACAGAGUUAAAUUUGAGUUCAACCUGAAAUUUCUAAAGCUGAAAUGUUGAAUUGUAAAAUCUUGGUUUAGCUUGUGAUUAUCUUGUCAUUGUUUCAUCUAAAGAACUUUCUCUUGACCGAUCUGGUGAAAGUUCAUGAAGGUUAAGUGAGAGCAGAAGUUAUUUUCUCGUGUGGGCACUGACUUCACAGAUAUGGCAACAGCAGGAAUGCCCCCAUAGAGCAACAAAUUUCCAUGGAUAGAAAUUUCCCCACCCUCCUCUCUCACGUCAAAAUCCUGUCAUAUUUUCUUUUUACAGUGACCCUAAGGGAACACCUCUGAAAACUGAAACCUAACUGAUUUUCACUCCGAGCUGAGCAAUAAAGAGUAACUGAUGACAACACCUUGUGUGACAAGAUGUGAAGAGCAGUGAUGUUGGCACAUCAACCUCAGUGGUCUGGGAUUCCUGUGGGGGAUCCCCACAAAUCUGUAGGCGUUAUCACUUUUGCUGUGUGUGUGUUACAACACACUUCCAAGCUUCUAUUUUUAGCAACACCGUGCGUAAAAAGUCACCAUUCCUAAUCCUGCUUGUGUUUUUUAAACUGAAAUCUUCUACAAACUUUAUUUCAAUGUUUAUUUUUCCCUUAUUUUUACUUUCAGAGUGUUUACACUUACUUUUGAAAAAACUUGUACAACCUGUCUGUCAAACUUUGAAUUUUAAAAACAUUUUCUUUUCUUUUUUUGCAUUUAUUAACUCCAGAACUCAAGUCUUCAAAAACUGUCAUUUUAUUUUAAUGUAGUUCGUAAGCAAACAUUUAUUAAGUACAACUAAUCUCACUGAUUUUACUACUGAUUUUCAAGAAAUGAAUGAAAAGCAAACAUAGUUUCAUAUAAACUAUCAAAACAAAGUUGCAUUAAAAAAAUAACUACAAAAAUGAAGCACAUUUUGUUUUUGAUGAAUGAUGAGUUUUAGAGGUAAGUUUGUGGUCUCUUAGCUUCUCUGAAAAAAGGAAACCAAACAUUUGACACCUGUCGUUUCGGCGGCUGUUUUUUCUGAAAUGCACACUUUAAAAUGCGGGUAAACAUACAAAAAAACAAAUCUCCUAUAUACAUUAUAGUUUAAGCAGUGUAACAAAUAUGAUGUGACUAAUUCCUAAAGGGGUAAAACUCAGUGCUCCUAAAAUAUCCUUUAGACAUCCUGUGGUUUUUGCUAAAAUAUGUUAAAUUGUUUCUUAAUCAUUAUCAGAAAGAUCAAUCUGUACCCACUUAAUCUUUUUGUUGGGUUUUCACCCCGCAGAUGAUAAAGGGAAAAUUUCUUUCAUGAUUAAUAGGGAAAGAAAAAAGAUGUUCCAACAAGAACACACACCCACUUCUUUUGCCUAUAAAAGCUGCGUGAGGGGUCGUCACAAGUCACACAUACUCAGAGCAGAGGUAUUGAACACCUGAUCAGCAAACAGCAGUCAAGCUUCUCAAAGGUCUAACAUGGAGCAGUGCCUUAGAAUCGCCCUUUGGAUGUUUUUCCUCCUCGGCUACCUUCAAGCAAACCCCAUCCCCACUGACGGAACUACGCAGUGCAGCAGCCAGACAGGACAGCACCUCCAUUUCAACUUGGGUGACCUGGGCUUCAACUUUCUUCAUAAAGAGGUCACAUGUGUAAGUCAACUCAGCAUAAACAUGAGGUUUAUGUGCUCCAAGAAAAGAGAUGAUUUAACCUGGUUUAAAUUCAUAUUUCUAACUUUUCUUUGUUUUGUUUUCCUUUCUGUAGGAGAAGAAAAUGACUUUCACAGCCCCAAAAAAUGUAGAGGUAAGAAAUCACACAGAAUUUGCUGCUUUUGUUCAUUUUCUCUUCUCAGUCUUUUAGUCUUUUUCUACAUCCAAGUCCUGGGUUAUUCUAGUCUGCCUGUUUGUUAACAUCUAACACCAAAACUACAGCUAGCAUUUUAAUAUUUUUGUCAACACUAAUGAACUCUGAUCUGAAAUUACAUUUUGCCACUGUUAUGAUGUGUUUAUUGAGCUGUGUGUGACCUAAAUGAUUUCUGUGUCACUACCAGCCGAUCUGCUACACUGCAGCCUUGGAGAGCUUCAUUAAAGGACUGGAACGGGCCGAGGCAAGCUGCACAGGAGAUGUUGACCGGGUGACUGACACACUGGAUGCUAUCAGGAACUCGUACCCACAAAACACAAAGUGCCCACACCCUGUGAGUAUUGAAAGUGUUGUGUUCAUAGAACUAAAAGGGACUCUGUUUUUGUUGUUCUACUUCAGAUGUAUGCUACAUUUUGGUAAUUUUUUUUUCAAUUGGCACCAUCCAAGUUGCUGUCUCCUCUAAACUUUCCCUGCUGAGAGACGUCUGUUGAUCCUUUUUCAAAUAACGGGUGCACAGUAUGUGUGAUGAGGUCAAUAAUGAGGAGGUUAUUCACAAUGUGGAUCAAAAGAGAAAAACCAGAGAGGUGAGGAGGCCAGAGUGGACCUCAAAGGUUGGCAUCUGCAGUGCCUGUUAAUGCAAACGCAAAGGGGUGUAUACUUGGCGUUGACAAUGAGUUUGAGACGAUUCUUUCAGACCUGGGCCGCUCUAAGCUCAGCUGUUCACACCUGGCACCUGUUGACCCACAUCUUGUUCUCUUUACAUGCACUUUGUUUGCAUUAUUGAAAAAGGCACUCGUAUGAGCAAAGUCUGUCGCAUACACCUAAAAUAGAACAACGUGAAUGCACUGAGGUCAGCAUGUCUUAUAAUGAUCUUAAUCUCUUCUGUCAUGAUCCAAUGCUAAACCAUCCAUCUCUUCUCAGGAACAGUGCAAGUGGGAAAGCGAGGAAUACCUCCAGCAGUUUGAAGGCUUUGUGAAGGCGACGGAGAAAUUUGUGAAGGAGCUCAACAUGGCCGGGAAUGUGUGA